UCCGAGAAAAUGGCCGCCUAAACAACUUCACAACUUUGUUUUUUCCAGUUAUCUUUUGUUGCUGUAAGACGAAUUUACCCAAAGUACUCUGUCUGAUCAGAAGAAAAUAUCUUUACAAUCCAACCUACUGCUGGACUCAAAUAGAGUGGCUAACUGUGUUCGAUUAUCGGCUGUUUUAAAGUGAUAGAUAACUAACUUACAUGUAGCUAGCUAGCUAAUUAUGGCUGUCAUGAUGAGUAACGUUAGAUCAAAAGCCAGGCUGAAGCUGUAACUCCUAGCUAGCUAUCGACGAUAGUUAGCUGGUCAUCGAUCUCUAGCUGUCUUAGCUAGUUGGUUUGAAAUUAGAUAUAAAUUAACGUUAUGUAUUAGCUAGCUACUGCAUAGCACAACGACUAAAUUUUGCUUUCGUGAAAUGGAAGGUUGUGAGUUGUCCCUGACAGUGUUAGCUGUUUAGCUGGCCAGAUAGCUAUUUUCUGUAUCUAUGUUACCGUUACUCGCUGACUAAAAGUGGCUAUUUUGCAGCUGGACGUUGUGCUCAAUGGCGUGCUGCAGUUCUGAGACAAGCAAUUCAGCACUGUGCUCAGAUGCUAACGUAGCAAUGGCAGCCUCACCGGGGAAUGUAGACCAAUCAAUGAAACCUGUGCUAUUUGAAAUAUUCGGAGAGAUUUGGAAUGUGCAGGCACGGCUUGGGCAAGGUGUUUCGGCCUCCGUUUAUCGUGUCAGUUCUGGACGGGCUAGUACAGCCGCAGUGAAGGAAUUUCAGUUGGACUCGCAGGGUGGAGAUUACGGGUAUCACAAAGAGAGAUCCGUGCUUGAAGAUAUUCAAGGACACAAGAACAUCGUUACGUUGUAUGGAGUUUUUACCAAUCACAACUGUCAAGGAGUGUCAACCCGCUGCCUGCUGCUAGAGCUACUGGAUGUUAGCGUGUCUGAGCUGCUGGUGAGGGCUAGUAGCCAGGGCCAUUCCAUGUGGGUCAUCCAGCACUGUGCAAGAGACGUCCUGGAGGCCCUGUCCUUUCUGCACCGCGGGGGCUUCGUUCACGCCGACCUCAAACCCCGAAACAUCUUGUGGAGCGCUGAUGAUGAAUGCUUCAAACUCAUCGACUUUGGUCUCAGCUACAAAGAGGGAAAUCAGGAUGUGAAGUACAUACAGACAGACGGCUACAGGGCCCCGGAGGCAGAGCUGCAGAACUCACUGGCUCAGGCCGGGCUGGAAGGUGACUCUGGCUGCACGUCGGCCAUUGACCUUUGGAGUCUUGGAAUAAUUUUAUUGGAGAUGUUCUCAGGAAUGAAACUGAAAGACACUGUCCGAUCUCAGGAAUGGAAGGAUAAUAAUUCUACAAUAAUAGACCACAUCUUCGCCAGUAAAAUUGUGGUUUGUCCUGCCAUCCCAGUUUAUCACCUUAGAGACCUUAUUAAAAGCAUGCUUCACAACGACCCCAAACACAGAAGCACAGCUGAGAAGGCCCUGUCUAGCCCCUUCUUCAGUAUUCCUUUUGCUCCUCAUAUUGAAGAUUUGGUCAUGCUUCCUACACCUGUCCUCAGACUGCUUAAUAUAAUUGAUGACAGCCACCUCUACAAUGAAGAGGAGUAUGAAGACAUUGUGGAGGACAUGAAGGAGGAAUGCCAGAAAUAUGGGGCUGUUAUUUCUCUCUUGAUCCCAAAGGAAAAUCCAGGCAAAGGCCAGGUUUUUGUUGAGUAUGCAAAUGCUGGUGACUCCAAAGAAGCCCAGCGAUUGCUGACAGGACGAACAUUUGAUGGGAAGUUUGUUGUUGCCACUUUCUACCCAUUGAGUGCCUACAAGAGGGGCUACUUGUACCAGACAGUACAGUAAGGCUGCACACCCCAACAGGCAAGGCCCUCCAAGCAACCUAAAUGUUCUCUUAUGCAGACCUUUUUCAGUUUUAGAUCAUCCAGUUUGCACUGACCAACCAUUAUGAGGAAAUCAAGUCAACAUUACUAUCAAAUGAGCUGUGUGACACAUGCAACUAACCUCCUAUAAUGGUAUGCACAUUGAAAAUAUCUACUUAAAUAUCUACAAGGUACCAUGGAAGGGGUUUCCUCCAAAAGUGCUGUAGUUUGUGUUUUGUGUUGCAGAGCUAUAGGUUAUAUAGUUCCAAAGCCUAUCAUUCUUUCUUUGCCUUGAAUGUAUAUCGAAUGAUAUUGUGUUAGAUUAAUUUAGAUUUAUAAAAACUAAUGUUUGAGGCAGUAUCCGUCUGAAGAGCAUAAUAGCAUAAUAUCAAAUAGUGAGAUUGAUUCAAAAAGGGGAGGUGCCUUUUAUCAAAAGGAUAAUUGAGCUUCUUUUUCUGUUGUUAAGAGACAGGAACUGGUACCAAAGUCCAGCUUGUUUAUCCUUUUAUUAAUUUAUCACUGUUAUGAGAAUCUACAUCACCAUGUGUCCACACUGACUGCCUAGAUGCUAAUGUGAACUAGCGGCUGCUAUACAGUAUAAAGGGUGUUCCUGGAGAAUUGGAGUAUAUGCUUUGCUUCACCAGAGCUCAGCCAUAAAGGAACAGAUCCAGCAAAAUGAUUCUGCUCAGCUAUCCUUGUUUAUAGAAGUGGCAUCACUGUUGGUGUCCUAUUGUAUAUUCUUCAAAACCUAGGUAUUACUGGUAAAAUCUUUACCCUUGUACCACUUUUAUAAUCUCCUUAAUUUACACGCAAGUUUUCAGGGUCAUUUUUAGGAUCUUGACUACAAAGGACAUUCUAAAAAGAAAUGCAUAAAAUCUACUUUUGUCUCAUCCAUCCUUUUGCAUACUGUAUUUUCUAUUAAAUAAUUUGCCGAAAACUUGAAUUCCAAAGGUACUAUGGCAGUAAUGUUUGUGAAUAUAUCCCUGCUUGCGGAAACACUGACAGCACUGAUUUCAACAAACUCACUUUUCAUUAUUCUGUGGUACAUGUCAAGCAUAUUUCGUAUUUUAAUGUUAAAUAUAUAAGCUAAACAAGUUUUACUGAGCAGUUCCAUACAUUUCUUACCGCUAUGCUUGGAUUUGGCCUGGCCUGAGUAGAAUACUGCCCAAAUGUUACACAUGUACACUACCUUUCAAAAGUUUGGGGUCACCUUCAAAUGGUUUGAGGCUCAUUUCAUGCCAUGGACCCUUGAUGACUUGAUGGACCUUUUAGCCAACAAAUGUGUUCCAUACUGUAGCAGCAUGAUUUACAGCUGAAUCUCGUUUCACCCCCAAUUCCCAUUGAGAUCCAUUCAAAUGCAAAGAGUUUUAGUAUAACUCGUAGGACAACCUGAAAAUAAGAUAUCUCUGAUGUUGAUGGGUCACAGACGUCAGGAAUUCAUGGCAUGCAAAGAAUAUGCAACCAAAUACAAAACAUGACUCUUUUAUUUGACAUUAUGUUAAUGUCUCAAACUUUGACACAUCUAAAAAGUGCUGUAACUACCCUUUAAUAAAGUGUCUGAUUCUGUGCUUUGACCAUGUAUGAAUUGUUUGAUUUUAAACGUUGAAAAUAAUAGAAAAAUCAGAAAAAGACAAGGUGACCUCAAACCUUUGAGCGGAAGUGUGUAUUGGGAUUUUAUGAUCCUCAUAAAAUACAACAUAUUUCAGUGCUGGCCUUGUGUGACUCUAUCCUGCUCAAUUGUAUACAACUGUAUCCUGUAUUCAAAUGGGGAGAAAAAUACCUUCUGUGGCAGGAUCACCUGAUCCUCUGUCUCAUCUUCAUGCAUGGUCUGUAAAACAAACACCUUCAGGCUGCAUAAUAAGUUACUAUUAAUAAGGUGGUGAUACAUUCUGCACACUUAUCUUUUCAGUGGUUGGUUUUGUGAAUAAUUGGAAAUAUUUCCCAGCCCAUUGUUUAAAUGCUGUCAUUUUGUUGAAUGAUGCAAAGUAAUCCAUUUGUACCACAACCCGAUCAUGACUUAACAUUCUUUACAAAUCGUGGUGUGACUUUGAUACUGUAGGUCAUAUUUUCAGGGUUUAUUCCCAGAUUUAAGCAUGUUGGUGGCCGUCAUUGAAAGUGAUUGAACAUUUUUAGACUCGUGGAGAAUUGUAGUAUGUCUCGCAUGGCUGAUCUGUGUCUGGGAUCUCUUGCCUUAGUGUUAAUAACCAACAAGAUACAUAAAAGAUUUCGGUCACAACAAGGGUUGUGAAGAGCACAAUGCCGAGUGAAGGGAUGUCAGAUUGGUUGUCUGUUUUUCCAGAUUUACCUGUAGUGUUGUCCAGAUCAGGAACAGGUUAAGUACAUCUUCCUAACUUCAGUGGAGCUGAGCGCUUUAUGUAGCUGUGAAGUAGCUGUGUCUCUUGCCUGUGACAGGGUUUCUAGAAGCCUCUCAGAUUCUAUUUCAAGACUCCAGGCUCCUAUCUGUCAGUCACAAGUUGUUUGAAAUGCUGGUGCUGUUGCUUUAGGCUUCAGUAAGUGUUUGUGAUGGAAUAAUGUUGAAGUAUUUGAUAAAAGCACACCGAUUCUGAGUUCUAAUGGUUUUACCAUUCAACUACAGAUAUACAGUAUAUUGUUUCUGGUCAACUUCCAAGCUGUGCAACUGUGCAUUUGAGCUUAUUCCGAAUGACACAUAUUUAUUCAAAUUACACAUACUUAUAAGUAAUUUGAUCAGGAAGCUGAAGAAUGUUAUAGACAUUUGUGCUUAUUUGGAAAUUGUGAUGUCCAUACAGCCAAAAUGUGAAAUUGCAGGGAAUUGUUUUUAUCUGGUGUUGGGGGGCAAAGAAAUAGAAAAUUGUGAAUGUGGGAAAAAUACAUUCUUAGAUAUUAUUUGGAAUAGCAUGGUUUCAAGCACAAAUGCUACUUCUGUGGGAAGAGGUGGGAAGUUUUUUUAUAGAGCUUUCCAAAGUCCAGGGAAGAGAAUUGUAUUGGCCUCUGCAUUGUAUCGGCCUCUUGAGUUCAUUACAUAUACACACAGGUACCCGUGGCAGGUUCUCACUGGUGGAAUAUUGGGUGGAGUAUUGGAAUAUUGUCAUUGGUGCAUGUCAGUCAUAUUGCUUUUUUAUGUAGAAGUAUAUGACAAACUAUUUUAUAACCGUAGUUCCCAGAAGUGGACUCUUCCCUGUAUUUUUUUUUUUUUACAGCUAUGUUUGGAAUUGGUCUCGCCUGAGUAGAAUACUUCAUAACUGUUACAAUUGUACACUCAGUGAGCACUUUAUUAGGUAUUUACUAGACUUAUUUUUUUAGACUUUUGUCUUCUGCUUCAGAGAUCUUAAGAGAUUGUAAGAGAUCUUCUGCAUACCACUGUUGUAAUGCAUGGUUAUUUGCGUUACUUUCACCUUCUUGUCAGUUUCGACCAGUCUGACAUUUUUCUGAUAAAACAGCUGAACCGCUUGACCAGGUCUGCAUGCUUUUAUGCAUUUAGUUGCUUAAAUAUUUUUUAUAUUGAUUCAAUAUUUGCAUUAACAGCUGGUAUACAGGUCUACCUAAUAAAGUGAUCACUGAGUGUAUAUGGGGAUUUUAUGAUCUUCCAAAAAUGCAACACAUUUCAAUGCUGGCCUUCUACGACCCAGUAUCCUGCUCAAUAGUAGUUAAAAGCUUUCUACGAAUGCAGAAAGUGGGGAGAAUCUUGUCUUCAUUUGGAUUUAAAGUCCUAGUCCUGAUCAGUGUUUCUCAUGGUCUGAUGACAGGUGAAAUAUUUAUUAUUGUCAAUUAAAUGUAAAUGUACUAUGUUGCAGCAAAUGAGUGCUGUAACAAAAAUAUUUGAAUACAUUGAAUCCUUUCUUCUGCCUGUGGUGAAUAGUUGGCUCCUCUGAUUGAAAGCCCCUCAUGCUCUCAUAGCCUCUCCUAGUCCAAAGUGCUUUCAGGCAGCACCUGUGUGACUGAGCUGAUAUACCUCUUCACGUCAGAGCUUUUCACUGUGCUUCCUGCUGCAGGGAAUAGAUUCCAGUCUCCAGAGAGUAUGAGGAAGUGUACUUUAUAUGUCAUGGUAGCUCAAAAUAUUUAGCGUUAAGUAAAUAUUGCGCUGUUAAAAUGCUUCCUGUUUCAAAUGUGCUAUAAGCAUUGGGAGCUUUAGUGACAAUUUCAGACACUGUUUCUUCUGUAAAACAUCACUAGGUCAAUGAUGAUUGUUCAGCAGGAAAUUCAGUUUGGCAAGAGAAGCCUAAGAUAUCUCAUACAAAUGAGUAAAAUCUUAAAAGUUUCUGUAGCAAAAAGAAUCUGGAUUUUACUUGGUUAAUGGCCUUAUAGUUCAUUUUUAUUUAAUAUUAAAAUUGAAGCUUUACAAAAACAUAUAUUUAAAGCUUUUGAGGCUAAAUGUGUGACAAAGCUUUGAUGUAGCAGGCACUGUGUCUAUUGUAGAACAGCACGUUUUUAAUAAUCUAUAAUACAGCAUUAAAAUUGAAUUUUUCAAUGUUCUGCUUUUCAUAAUCUAAUUAGACCAGAUAUCCAAAGAUUAGGGUUAGUUUGUGGUGUUUGAGGUAUUUCAGGGUUACAUUUCUUUUUGCAGUCAUGGUUGUCUCUCUGCCUUGCGUUUUGAACUGUUGAUGGAUCAUAUAGUGAUUUCUUUGUGAAUGCAACAUCUUAAAUGUUGUGAAUUGUGGUUAUGACUGUGUGGUUACGGAACCAUCACACUAGAACUACAGUGUCCUGUGGUAAUAGCCUUUUUGAGUACGACAGUGAUGUGUGGAUUUUUUUUUUUAUUUAGACUGCGUUUUUAUCCUCACUUUUAUCUCAGAAUUUGAAUGGAUUCUUUGUGUGUAGUUUAUGUUUUUGCUGGAUUUUGAUUCUGCAGUUAGAAACAUAAUUACCCUUGAAUGUUGCUAUAAAGUGUGCUAAAAAAAAAAAAAAAAGAAUUAAACUGUGAACUGCAUACUUUUAUACGAUGAACGCAAUUUUGGGAAGGUGUCUCCGUGGAUUUGAUAUUUUACUGUUGUGGAAAUGGACAAUAAAUAUUUAAGUGAAAUAUUCUGUGUGUUUACUCGUUUUAGAAAAGUCAUGCAUGGUUUUGGGUAAUAUUCCCAACAGGUGUCUUGACAUGCCCUGAGACACAAGCUUUGCUGUGACAGUUUUCAGGGAAAUUCGUUGGUGCAGGCUGGCAUUUUCUUAUGAACAGAAAAAAUGGUUUAAACUGGUUUAAACUGGCUUAACGGUUUAAACUAGUUUAACGCGUUUCAGUGAAAAAGGGUUGGAGCGGUGGCUGAAAAAAGGUCAGCUGCACUUCAGGGUGUUUGCCUAUUUGAGAUCAAUGCUAUGGUAGGUGUUUAUUUAUAGUACAGUUCUAUUACCUCAUAGAUAGAUGCUGUGCACAGUCCUACAAUAAACAUAAAAUCGAUUUAAAAUGUUGUGCUAACAAUCAGCAAGUUAAUCCAAGUCUGAAAAUUGUUUCCCAUUCUACUGGUGAAUACACUUUAGAUAAUAUAUAAUGGCCAGUAAUGGCAUAUUUUUCACUGUAUAUAAACAAUGAAAACACUUAAUAUAGCACUUUUCCUGUACAUUGUACUAUGAGCUGAAAGAAGCACUGUGUUUAAUCAUGCAGUUUGAUAUAGAUUUGUGUCCGGGUACAAGUUACAAGGUUCAAGAAGCACAAAAUAAGCCUUCACUCCAUCAAAGGCCAACUGUUAGCCUUAAGGACACGUAAUGUGCAUGAUUCACUUUUUAAUGCAUUCAUUGGAAAAGCAGUCUGGAAAGGAAGUGUUGACAUAGUGGGAGGUGUAAAAUGAUUGCUUGUAAAGACCUGACAGAUAACGUGGUGACAAUUUAUACUUGACACAGCAUGCCUUUAUUUUCCGAAUGCUAAUUUUGCACCUCAAAUAUUUCAGUAGUGACUGGUUGAAUUAUUAAUGUUCAAAAGUCUCUCACCUUUUGAGCACACUUCCAUGGUCCCACUGCUUUUAUGUUCUGAGAUGCAGUAUGUGCCAAAAUGAAACGUGUAACCUGGUCUUUCUUUCUCAUCGGCAGCUGUUGAACAGUCCAACAGUCGGUUGAAUUAUAGAACAGACCUGGGUUAGGAGUCGAUUCCUGAGCUUGAACUUGCUUUAUACCCGUGAGGGAGUUUGUUUCCAGAGCUGGUGCGAAAAUGUCAUUUUGUUUGCACUUCAGUCAAGUGUUUUUGUUUAAAUGGUCAACCCUGUUUACAGACCUUAGUACUGACAGUGCAGGAGAGGCCUUGUGUUUGCCUUGAAUGAAUUUGCUGAGGGAUACUGCUGGAUGGUGUGCAGUUUUUAACAAAAAAAAAAAAAAAGGAUUGUAAUAAAAUGUUUCCUGCACUGAAUGUUGUGAUAUUUCCCAUUUGGUAACUGAGCAAUAUAGUUAUGAGUGACCCUCAUAGUGGAGUGACUUUGUAAAGAAAUGAAAACUUUGACCCAAGCUGGGUGAUACUGACUGUUUAAAUUCUCAUUGAAAAUUCACCUCUGUGGAAAAAGAAGCCAGCCACAGCAGCGUAUGGAUCAAAGGUUUGAUUUCAUCUUGGCUGCAAAUCUUAUAAUAAGCCUCUUCAAUAUUAACCUCUUGGAUAAUGUUAGUCAUUUCCCCUCAUCAAAAUCAGCUCCAGGUGCCGUUGAUAAUGUACCCUAUAAACCUGACCUGCUUGACCUUCCCCUGGUGAUUGCAAAUGCAGCUAAGCGGGCAAAAAAAGCUUCAUAAUUAAAUAUAAUUACGUUUUAUGAAAGUUAGCCGUUAAUGGAAGCCUCAUAUGGGCUUGCUUAGCUCAUUGACAGUCAGGUCUGUAAGUUAGUGUGAUCUGAAUUUAUACUGGUGGUGGUGGUAGGUUAUAUAUGCUGUAUGCUUGUAAGUUGCGUGAAAGUCAGGUUAUAAUUUUACCAAUGUCUUUUAAAAACCAUAUGCAAGUCCUAACAUGAAAUGGCAUCUUUUGACGGAGAAGCACAUUUCAUCACACUAUGAUAUUAUAUCAAUUCAGGCUGUGCAGUGUAAUACAUUUGUACUCACACCUGUUUUGAAGAAGAAGGUAUUUCAGCAAACCUGAUUGAUCUUCAUUUUCAACAGAGUUGGUAUGUUUUGUGUAUAUGCAAGGAUUUGUUUAGUUUGACACACAUAAUUGUGUAUCGAGUUUGGGUGCCUUUUGAGAGUGCAUUACACAAAGAAUAUUGGAUGUUGCACGACUUUGUGUUGUUACAAAAUUUCAUUAAGCAGUCCUUAAAAUGCAUUGGUGGUCAAUUCUU